GUUUCCUUAAUUUUAACCUUUAGAUGUUCCAGCCUCUGCCUCUCUGUAUUCCCGGAGGCAGCCGUUAUCUGGUUGUUCAAGCUCGCUCGUUUUCUCAUAAGGAUCCGUCUGUCCCUCGGAAUUAUGUGGCGUUUGGGGGUCGUUUUUUCCGGCGUGUGACGCUCGCAUACCUGCAGUAAUACUUCGCAUAGUUUGUUGUACAUUGUUACGGCGUUUAAUUCCAGGAACUCAGAUCUCAGUCAAUUUCGAGGAGUUCGUUCCCAAUGGCCUCCCAGUCUGUUCUUCGAUGAUGAAAAUUUAGCCCAGCUAGCCCCUCUCGAGGUGUAGGUCUUGGCUGGGUUCCCCUCUCAAUUGUUGUCUUGACCACCACGAGUCGAUGGUCAGACAGUGUGGUCUCCUCAACACGAAUAUCAGCAACCAGUUCUUCAUUGCUGGUAAAGAAUAGAUCCAGUAUAUUAUGUUCUCUUGUUGGCACCAGAACCUGUUGGCUUAGCAAGUGCUCCCUAGCGAAUCGAAGCAAAUGUGUUGCCUGGUUUCUGGUUUGAUUUCUGCGCCGUUCUGCACAGUCCAAGUUUGGCCAUCGUAUGUGUGGUAGGUUAAAAUCUCCCGCGACCACAAUAUUUGGAGAAGGUUCACCUAAGUACGUCACCUCUGUUUCUAUUCUAUCGAGAGUUUCAUUGAAUUUUUCAGGCGGGCAGUCAGGCGGUCGGUAUACGAUAGCUAUGCACAGAUGGAGAUAGGGGAUGUAUAGUAUAACAUGUUCCACAUGUCCAUUGGAGCCUAAAUGCAGGGGAACUGUUUUUGCCGCGAGGAAAUUUCUGAGGUAGACUAUAACGCCUCCUUUUCUUCUUCCUUCUUUUCGAUCUGCUCGGUAAUGUUGAAAGCCUUUCAUCUCGAUUUCUCCAUCUUGGUUAUCUUCUCUUAGGUGUGACUCGGUUUAGGCAAGCAUGAUUAUACCUUCUGUCUCAGCAAUUUAUUUAAGUACGCCGAUCUUGUGGCGUUUUCUUCUUGGGAAGAGCCCCUCUAUGUUAGCUAUCAUGAUGCUAGACUCUUCCCUUCCUUGCGUACUUAGUUGCUGUAACACUGCACUGCCAGGGGUCUCUGGCUCUGCAGCUGUUGCAUUGUUGCUGUGAUUUCUGCUGUUGUUCGUGCAGUUUCAACAGUUGUUGCAUUUGUUGCUGAAUCUGAUCUACUUGACUCUGCAGGUCUAAAAAAUUGCUGCGCCUGAUAUCGAGUUCUCUGUGUGGUUCUCCACUCCGGUAGGAUGUGGUGUCCGGUGUGGUAUUUUUUGGGACUGCCCUGUUGUAUUUCUGAUUACGCUAGAUUCGCCUUUCCCAGAAAGGAGUUUUUUUAACAGAUGCAUUUUUUUCUGAAAUUUCGAGUUUAGCAGUAGAGUCUAUCUGGUGUUCAGGGGAUGAAGUAUCAAAAACCCGUCUCCCUUUGGUAUCUCUUCCCGCCUGCGGGCUGAGUCUAAGUUGAUGAAAGCGACAGUUAUCUCUGACGUGCAAAUUUAUAACAAUGUUCGAGUUUAUUUGAGCGUCUUCGUCUCGCACCUGGUUUAGGAUUAUGAAAGGCCACAAUAGACUUUAUUUGCGCAGUAGCAUCAUAACUCUAGGUUAAUUCGAGUGAAACGAGUUGCCUUGUCUUGGAGGAAAGAAGUGAUGUCGACCAAUCAAGCGUAUUAGACCAACAGAUGCUGGAUCACUAACUAUCUCUCUGAAGGUUUGUGUGAAGUUUACCUAUAAUUUUAAUGGACAUCGCUCAAUGAUAGUUACUUGAAGACUUUAAACCUUUCACAAGAUGGCAAGUGCAACGAUAGAGUGCGACGUUUGCAACGAGAAAUUCGAUUCGGGCAACCACAAGCCGCUUGGCCUGACCUGCGGCCACACGUUUUGCUUCUCUUGCAUCACAAAUUUACUAAGACUCCCUGGAACCCACAAUUGCCCAGAAUGUAGAGAGCAAUUUUCCCAACGAAUUGAUGAAAUGAUGGUCAACUACAAAUUGAUUCCUUCAGAAAACACAGCUCGUCCACAUCCCCCGAGCUCGCUGUCAGAUGCACCGUGCCUCCAUCAAAGGAAGGCGCUGGAUUACCUCUGCGUGGACUGCAUGGAACUCGUGUGCUUCAGGUGCAUCAGGGGCACUCAUAAAAAUCACACAAUUGAGUUGUUAGACGACCUACUUCAAGAGGAUGAAUAUGUUUUGAACUCGUUGACGAAAAUACGGACAACAAUGCACGAUAAGCUCGGGCGCGUGAAUGACUUAGUCGCUGUGUCGGACGAUAUAUUGAGUUUGAUUGAUGAAAUCAUCAACCUGAAGACUGAAUUUCAAGCUUGGAAGGAUUUGCUGCUGGCCCAAAAAGUUUCGACAGAGCAAGACCUCCAGGCGUGGGAUGCCCCGACUACCGGUAUGAUCGAGAACAGGCAACAUGAAUACAAAGAAAUGCUUUGCCGUCUAAAAUUGAAACCUCCAGAAAAUAUGGAGAUACCAGAGAUCAAAGCGAGGUUGUCUGCAGCUUUGAAGAAAUGUGAUUCGUUACAGAUUCAAGAGCCUGCUGUCACUGCGACGGCGCGACAGGGCGCCGGCGCUGGCGCGGCCGUGCUGCGAGUGCAAAACUACCUUCAGGCGACGCCACCGCAGGGCGCAACUAUGGGAGCGACUCCUCGAACAUUCCAGGCUCCUGGGCCGGCAUGUGUGCUUGCAACAUGUGAGGACGGCGUGCCUUGGAUAGUCACCUGCUGGAAUGAAGGAGUGCGAGCUGUCGCCAGCCUGGCCAACAACAUCAAGCCCAGUCGCCUCGUGGUGCUGUCCACCCACACCCGCCCCAUCCCGGGGCUGGGGGAGCUGCUGUCCACCCACACCCGCCCCAUCCCGGGGCUGGGGGAGCUGCUGUCCACCCACACCCGCCCCAUCCCGGGGCUGGGGGAGCUGCUGUCCUGCCUCGCUGCCCUACACACAGGCAAAAUCAGCCUGCUGCCACUGGACUUCUUCUGGAGGCCGGCAGGAGAGGCGGAGGGAGGCAUGGAAGACUUCAUCGACAAAUUUAGGUACAUUGGUCAAUAGUUUGACAAUUCAGAAAAAUAUGAACGGGUGAAAAUAAGGAUAUAAUAUCCACC